AUGUCCCGUGUCUAUGAAUGUACCACCAUCGCUGAGUCUCUGACCAGCGUUUGGUAUUCUUCUGCAUUCCUUAAUCGGUUGCCGGAGGAUGGACACCGGGUCGAAACGUUAGCCCUCAUUCGAGAUUCGAAGAGACGAAGUAAAAGUUAUAGAGGUAUACACACGGCACGGCGCUCGUAUACAGAAAUUUUGCGUGAGAUCAUUGAGCAGCAGACAGAACUGUUGCAAGAAGCCUACAAGCGACAAUAUCGAAGUAAUCGAAAACAGACCAAAGCAGUUGAAGAACAGUCAGUAGACAGUAUCAGUCCAGUUGGUCUAGCGAAAGACAAUAGUUUCAUCCGGAUUGGGAAGGCCAGAGCAAAUUUUGUGAACCUGUAUCACCUGUGGCCUCCGUGCCAUCUGAACGUGACUAUCGUCCGCGCUUGGGUCGGUCUGGUGAACGACAAGAAAUACCAGUUACGCCAACGCAAGACUCCUUUUAUGAACGCCGUUCAGACCGUUUUUCACUUAAUGCCGAACAACCUAAAAGCACACCCAGAUCCCCUGGCACAAGCAGUUGGCGCAAAAGGCAUCGGCAUCAUAAGAAACACAGACAUCGGAGUCCAUCAUAGCUCUUCAGUUCCGCUUGGGCGACCUGGCAUCAUCUCAGCCCUCGUGCCUUUUUCGGGUGGCGUGGCAAUUGGGCCCCGAAAGACUGUACUGGCUGAACGAUUCCCGUCACAGAGACGGGACGUUAUCGUGAUGAUACUUACAACUAACAAUGUUCUGAUUCUACAUCGGCCGUCACGUGGUGUCACCAGCCGGAUCGCCCUACUUGCUGCAUUCAGCAAGACGAGUAAGCGAGACCAUACUACUACUGACGCCUCCCUUCCUACAAUUUCACGUUUUCAGUCGUCCACCCUCCCCCACCCAAAUUUGAAUACUUUCUCCACAGGUCCCAGCGCUAGAACUGACCGUUUUACUCGCCUUGCAUCACACUCAGCUGCAGCUCCUUUACGUUCUAGUUCAGUCACAACGCUAAGCACUUCGAAGUCUGUUUUCAAAACCCAAAAGCCUGUCUAA